UGUGCGAUUUGCAAAUUAGGAGCAGCACCAAGUGCAACGGAACACGCAGCGGAAAAGGCGCGCGCGGAUGCAAAUCGGGGUCGACCCGGGCUCAAGUGGGGGAUUUCCAAGUGUGUGGCAGGAGCUGGGGCCUGGGAGGUUGUGGAGGAAGAAAGUUGCUAGCCAGCAGUAGGAGGGUUCAUUGUGUUUUGGAGCUUCGUGGACGGAUCGAACCGUGGUGUUGCUGCCCGUGCUGGGAGUUUGCGGGUGGUGGAAAGGGCGAUUUUCCCACCGUUGUUGAAAAACACUUUUGAGGAGAGGAAGGGGAACCUGUUCAACCAGGAAGCUUAAGAGUUUGAUCGGGUUGUGAAAGAGGGGAAGACGACAGUGAAGAACCGUUAAUCCGGAAGAGACAGACAGAAAGCGAGAGGACAGAAGAUGGAUGACGAAAGCAGCGACAGUCUGGAGUUGAGCCGGGCCAAACGGAACGAGCGCAUCGAAAAGCUGGGCUUCCGGCCCCAGAAGGAGCUGUUCUGUAACAAGUUCCUGCCGUACGCGGACCGGCUGGACGAUGAGUCGCAGGCCAUGCUCGAGAACAUCAAGAACAACCUCGGCAAGGCGGUGGCCAUGCGGGAGAUCACGCCCGGAGUGUCCAUCUACGUGUCGCGGUUGAUGAAAUACAUCAAACUGUACGGGAUGAAGUUCUCCAAGGAGGACCACAUCAAGUUCGUCAAGCUACUGCUGGAGCUGAUCAACAUUCCCAACCUGGAACCGGACAAGGUGAACAAGUUUUGUUACGCGAUCACUACGUUGUUGAGAAAACCCGAAUGGCUUAGCCCGGACGACAUCCAGAUCGAGUGGCGCCCGCUGUACAAGCUGUGCAACUUGAUUCUGAACAAAAACAGCAGCAAGGGCGAUCUGUACCGAUAUUUCGCCUCCCUGGAGACGAAUCUACAGUUUGUGAUCCAAUACUGCGCUCCAUACUUUCCGCGAUGCUCGACGCAGGAGAUUCUGGAUGAGUUGCUGCCGAAGCUGCAGCCGCUGGACACGGGCAAGAGUUUCGAUACGUUCGGCAUGCUGUGCACGUUUCUGAGCUGUGAGCACGACUACGAGCUGUGGUUCGACAAGUUCAUGUCAAUCUGGAACGCGUACCACAACCCGCCGUGGAGCAUCGACAUGAUGACGUUGUACGCGACGGUCGGGUUCAAGAACAUCGGGUACAUCGAUUGGGAGGAGCACAUACCGACGAUGUUUGCGCGGAUUUUGCGUUCGAUCGAUUUCCCUGUGAGUUACAAGAGCACGAAGAGCUCCAAGUUGCAGAGUUUGACGCCGCAAGCGAUCGCGAUUUGGAUCGUGGCGGUGCUCGGACCGAAGAGUUCCGCCCAGCAGUACUUGAACAAGUUCAUGGCGACGGUUGAGUCGUACCUGCAUCCAGCCAACAUGGGCAAGUGGGUGUCGAUGAUCGGGGAGAUAUUGAUCCAGCUGCCGAAGUACUUCUUCGACCGGUUGGUGUUGGAGCGCUACCGGAAGCAUCCGUACCGGAAGCCGAUCCCGGAGGCGUAUAAGCUGACGGAUGAGUGCGUAACGGCGUUCGUGGAGAGCAUGAAGCCGGUCGCGUUCCAGGCGAUGUACUCGCGCAUCAACCCGCAGGACGUGGGCAAGAUAUUCCAGCAUCUGGCGGACCUGCGACCGGAACUGAUCAUUCCAACCAUCAUCGAUCGAGUGUACGCGAGUUUGGAUUCGCUCACGGAGCCGCACAAAAUGACCGCCGCGCUGCAGAGCUUGAUCAGCGUGUCGCGGGCGCUCGUAUCCGGCCACAACGGGUACACCGAGGGUCGGAACCACGUGAUACCGAUCUUCUUUGCGACACUGCCCGGAAUCGAUCCGAACGACUUUAAAAAGACUUCGAUUACAUUCCACUUUCUGACGUCGAUUUCGUUCCUCAUUCCGAUCAUCGACUGCUCGAAGGCCGGCCAGUUUCACGAGCUGACCGAGGACGAGCGGUUGCUGUGCGAGCAGACGGCGGACUUUGAGAGCUUCGUGGUGCAGUACAUGGACCGGAUAUUCCUGCUGAUUGAGAGCAGUUCGGUGGAUAACGUACGCAUGGAACAGUCCGAUUCCGACUCGAUGCGGUCCAAGCUGGAGUCGAUUUCGGAAGCGUUGGUCCAGGCGUGUACGCAUGGCAUUCUCGGCCAGUGCUCGAAGGACAUUCUCAACGCGGCGUCCAAAAAGCUGGUUGACUUUGUCAAAACGCGAUUGCUCGAGCCGAAGGUCGCCGGCCAGCUGGUCGGAUGUUUGGUGCGAGUCUUUUCCAGAAUCCACGGCAAGGAGGUCAUGAGGGCGUUGCUCCCGUACGUAGUGCAGACCAUCGAACGCUACAUGGAAGAUCACGACGAUACGGCCGAGCUGGAGAAGCAAAGCGACGAAAUGCUCUACUAUUUCCUGCUGCUGACCAACCUCAUGCGAGGCGAACCCGCGGAGGUCGUGAAAUACGUCGACGAUGUGCUGCCCAUUGUGGACAAGAUGCUCAAAUUCAAGUGCAAACAAACGAACAAAUUUGGCUCCACCCUGGUGGCGAACCUGAUGAGCAAUCUUUCCACGAUGCAAACGCUGGACGUGAAAAACAGUCCCGACAGCUUCGACAAACCGCUGUCGGAGUUUCUCCCCGUCCGAAGCUGGGGUGAAAAAAUGGGCCCAGACGGGAAGAUUGACUGGUGCUUCCCGGGCGAGCGCUCGCUCCAGGUGUGCGAGAAGCUGAUGCAUCGCUACCUGGUGCCGAUACUGACCAACUUUGACAAGUUUAGCGCCGGAGAGUUGGAACUCAGCCGGGAUGACAUCAACCGGGACGUGACGGUCGUGCAGUCGCUGAUUCGAUGCUCAAACUUUCUGCCCAACUGGGACGACGAAGAGCCGCUGAAGUUGUUCGAUUCGUGCCUGGUUCGGGCCGAGAUGAAGUGGAACGUGACGCGAGGCUUCGACGGCAUGGAGAUCAAAAUGCCCGACGGCGGAAACGUCCGCAAGGCGAUCAUCCGCAGCAUCAGCGGGCUGCAGCGAGCGAUUCUGGCAAAGUGCGAAGACGACAUCAAAUCGCUCAAGUCGAUCCUGAUGCUGUACGAGAAGAUCUUCUUCCGGAAGCACUCGAACAGCGCGUUCGACAAUCAGGCGAAGAACUUUAACAACACGAAAAAGUUCCAGACGUACAAGCUGACGCGGUACAAGCGCGACGUACGGGCUGUGGUUGCGACGCGCGUCAUCAUGCAGCAGGACUGUCGGGACGAGAUCGAUCAGCCGUUGUUCUCUGCCACCCAUCUGGAGGUGAUGAUGAACCUGCUGGAGCUGUCCACCUCCCACUACAGCAGCGUUCGAGCCACGGCUCAGGCCAAACUUUUCACCAUGCUGGCUACCUUUUCGUACAGCUACAAAUUCCUCGCGGACAAGAUCAUCGAAAACCUCCGGCUGGACUCGAACGAGCAUCACGAGCAGUUCAAGGGCAUCCUGUACAUCCUGGUGUCGAACCGGCGCUCCCGGCUGAUCAUCAAGCACGACUGGGAUUUUCUCAACCGCAUCUGGGUGACGCUGCUGCAGUCCAAACUCUCGGAAAAGCCAUCGGUUGUGAAACUGCUCGACGCGGUGACGGACGUGAUUAACAACGAGUUUCCCACGACCACGACCGAAAUCGAGAUCCACGAGGCGUGUGUGAGCUGCGGGUUGGCGCUGCGCACUCGGGAAGACGCGCUCGAUUUGGAAGCCGGUCUGCAGGCGCGACUAGCGAAGAACAAACGUAACGUAGAGCUGUACUACGACCUGAUUGCGCAAAUCCUGUCCACGGUGGAGAACGACAAGCUGCACUGGCGGUACCACUAUAUGGCCUCGACGAUGCUGUUCAAUCUGGUCCACCCGUUGAGCAAGUUCCCCGCGUCGGUGACGCAGUUUGCGGUGAACAACUUGAUCCACGAUUCGCUAGACGAGCGCAAGAUGGCCAUCAACCUGCUGAACCAUAUCCUGCGGCAGCAAAAGCGCGAACACGUCAAGAUCGCGAUCAAUCCGUACGAGAUUGCGGGGAUCGCCGGGAAGACACCGGCGCACGGUUCCGUUGUGCAGCCGGGCUAUCGGGAAGACAACCUCUGGCUGCAGUACGAUGUGGAAAAGGUGCCGAAAAGUCAGCAGGACUGGGACGAGCCGCGGUACAUGUACAAAACGGACGGGUUCUUCGGGUGGAGCAGCGACUUUGCCGUGUACGCGCCAAGCAGCGAUCAACCCAAGCUGGACCGGACCGCGGAGGAGAUGAACGAGUGUGAGAGGAUUAUGUACGUGUUUUUCACGCAGCAGGAAAACGUGGACAAGCUGAUCAAGUACUGGUCGCUGGAGGAAAAGAAGGGUCGGGACAAGUUUAACCGGAGUCGGUUCUGCCUGAUCAAGGGGCUGAUGAACACGUUCGGGGAUCUGUUCCUGGACAAGUUGGUGCGCCAUUUGCGACCGUUGAUCGACGACAAAACAUCCGAGAGUAACCAUCGCUGUGCGGCUGAAUUGAUGGCCGGGAUCAUGCGCGGGGCCAAGCACUGGCCGUACGACAAGACGGAUAAAAUGUACGCCGAUCUGGUGCCGCUCAUUCGGCUUGCCCUGAACAACGUCACGGUGGACACCGACGUGUACUGGGGCACCUGUUUCGCCACUGCCGCCGAGUACAUGGACCCGUUCAAACAAUACUGGCUCCACGAAGCCCUGCUCGAAGAUCCACUGCAGGAAACGACCAGCUUUAUCGAUUGCAACCGGCUGUACUGCCUGCAAGGGGCCUUCAACCAGCACGUCUGGCGAAUGACCAGCGUAGCGAAGCGACUGCUCGAGUACCUGCGACCGUACCUGAACCAUUCGUUCCAGAACGUGCGCGAACGGCUCGGCAGUACGCUCAUCAACAUCUUCGAAGCGGACCUGCGCUUUGUCGGGUACCGCGGCCACGAUCUCUCGCCCAAGAUAAGCGAGAUGGUGGCGUACGUGACGCCCAAGCUGGCGGUACUGCUCCGGGAGGACCAACCGGUGGCAGCGGCGGAGAAGAUGGAAGUUGUGGAGGCGGAGGGGUCGUCCAAGAAGGAGGAGAGCGAGUACGAGAUCGCGGUGCGGUUGUUCAAGACGGUGGCCCAAUGGUUGACCUGCGCCAUCAACCGCUGCUCGAACGGCAACGAGAUCGAGUACUUUGAGCUGCUGCCGAUCGCGUGCCGGCUGGAGCGUUCCGAGCAGGACCAGGAGCUGGCGGAAAUCUGCACCUCGCUGCUGGCGAUGAUUUCGCAAGCGCUGACGCUGGUGCCCUGCAUGGACGCCGCACUAGCCAAAAUUGACGACAUUUCCAAAAUGGCGUCCUGGUCCGCCCGCCGCUCCGUCAUCGACGUCCUGCAGGUGCUGGUGUUCUACAACAUGACCAUAAUCUUGAGCAACGAGCGCUGGAAGGCGCGCGUGCUGGAGAUCGUGCUGCGGCUGCUCGAGGACAGUGUCGUCGAGGUGCGCGAGAAGGCCGCCGAGGUGCUGUGCGGACUGCUGCACUGCUCGUUCCUGACGGCCACCGACGAGCUGCUGGAGCUGUUUAAGAAAAAGUGCCGCACCAAGAUGAUCAAGGCCAACAGACGGCUGCAGGUGGCGGCCACGUCCAACUGUUCCAGCGAGGUCCAGCGAAGCGAAGGUGUUGAGGGCAACGCCGUUCGCGCCCGCCACUCGGGCGUCCUAGGACUAUGUGCCUUUAUUUCCGCGUACCCGUACGAAGUGCCUGAGUUUGUCCCGAACGUGUUUGAACACCUGGGCGCUCACCUCAACGAUCCGCAGCCGAUUCCGGCAACGAUCCGCAAGACGAUGGGAGACUUUAAGCGCACCCACCACGACAACUGGGAGGUGCACCAGCUCAAGUUCACCGAGGAUCAGCUGGCGGUGCUGAGCGACCUGACGAUUCCGCCCUCGUACUAUGCGUAAGUAGUAUGUAGUAGCAGGUAGGUAAUGGACGCGCCACACUCUUGCAGCUCUUCGUUCGGGGUUUUGUUUUCUUUCUCGCGUAUUAAGAUGGUCAUUGAUCGGGUGGCAUUGUACAGUAUGGUUGAAGGAGUUUUCUUUUGUAUUUUAUUGUAAGUUGAUCCAAAAUUGUUAUGAAUUUUAUUAGCGUUUAGCGGUUUAUGUGUUUUUUUUCUGUUUCAAUUUUGACGUGAUCGCAAUGAAGCGUAACAAAGGUUAUUAAUGAAAUCCCAUCAUCGAUUUGCAGUUUAGAUGUGAAGAUUUAUAGUUGAGAAACUGCACACUUUAGAUCACGUUCUUAAAUACUAAGUUUACCCUAAAAUCGAAAAUAAAACAAAUUCUUUAAAUUGCGCAAUCAA